AUGUUCUCGCCGAUACGAUUCCGAGUUGGCGCCCAUGCCCAAUACUUCCAUACUUCCCGUAGUCAUCUCGCAACGCGCCUUCGCCCCGCUUUUGCUAUUCGUCACAAGCAACGGAUUGAAGAUGAGUGGCGACACAGGGCUCCCGAAAUCCCAAACGAUGUGCUCCUCUCUGCCCAUAAGUCAAAAGCACUCCCAUUCGGUCCUGCUGUUGCAACAAGGCUUGUAGCAGACUAUAUGCCAAUGAUGGUAAAGGAACCGAAUGAGAUUAGUGGAAGGGCUAUAUGUGAUGAGCAUAAUAUAACCCCCGCUGAUCUAACACGUCUUGCGCUCGUAUUGAUACGCUCGGCACCUAAAGAUCCUCCUGUACAAGCCCAAGCAGGCCUCCAUCUCCUCUUUACGUGUUCGACUCUUCAUGACCCAACAGCUACGAUCGAACUGCACAGACAACUUUCGAAUAUGAAACAGAUUCCUCGCGUGGUUCAAGAUCUUCGUGAUAUUUCUCAAAUAUUGAGGAAAAUUGCUUCUGAGCACGAGUAUCCUGGUGCUCUGUUCAGGAUGGGAGAGAUGGUAAGCCAAUCGGGAAAGGAGAUAGAAGCGGAGAAGUGGUUCGAGAAGGCAGCAGAAAAGGGAGUUGCAGCGGCGUGGACUUCACUGGGACGAUUACAGCAGCGACGAGGUGAUACAACAAAAGCAAUAGCUUCGUUUAAGAAGGGGGUAGAACUCGAUGACCCCUAUGCUUAUCUCUAUCUUGCAAUGGCGAAAGAUAACUCCCCUCAAAAAGAAACAUAUCUCCUCAAAGCUGCCGCCUCGGGCGUCAUUUCAGCUGCCCAUUCUCUUGGUGCGCACUACGCCAAAACUUUCAAACCCUUACUUGCACGUGAGUGGUUUACUCUUGCCGCGACAGAAGGCUACGCUGCAAGCCAAAUGAGCCUGGCAAUCAUAUUACGGGAAGAGGGGAAACUAUCUGAGGCUCUGGAAUGGCUUGUCAAGGCUAAUAAAGAGCCUGGUCAGAUAGGGCAAGUUUCGGAGAAGAUAAGGCGAGAAGUUGAGUUGGAGAUGGGGAAAGUUAAGCAGAAGAGGGAAUAG